GUGUUUCCGUGUGCGGUAAGGAGGAAGCUUGUGCUUGUAGACUUGUGUCUCUACGCAAUUCGUGUUCUAAAGAUUUGAUAUCUAGUCAAAGAUCAAAGGGGUUUUAGUCGAGAGAUUGAAUUUGCUCAAAUCAGAAGACUUGUUGUUUCCUCGAGCUGCUUCAAGCUCUGGCCAAUUAGAAACCAUGGUUGGAGGAGGGAGUGCACAGAAGCUAACAACAAAUGAUGCGCUUGCAUACCUCAAGGCUGUCAAGGAUAAAUUUCAAGAUAAACGCGAAAAGUACGAUGAGUUUCUUGAGGUCAUGAAAGAUUUCAAAGCUCAAAGAGUUGAUACUAGUGGUGUCAUCUUGAGGGUGAAAGAACUCUUCAAGGGUAACCGAGAACUGAUUUUGGGAUUCAAUACUUUCUUGCCAAAGGGAUUCGAGAUAACCCUCUUACCCGAGGAUGACCAACCUCUACCAAAGAAGCCUGUUGAGUUUGAGGAAGCUAUUAGUUUUGUCAACAAGAUUAAGACAAGGUUCCAAGGCGAUGACCGUGUAUACAAAUCGUUUUUAGACAUUUUGAAUAUGUAUAGAAAGGAAAACAAGUCCAUUACUGAUGUCUACCAGGAGGUGGCUAUCCUUUUCCGGGACCAUGAAGAUUUGCUUGUGGAGUUCACUCACUUUCUCCCUGAUACUUCAGGAACUGCCUCUACUAAUGAUACUGUAAAAAUGUCAAUACGUGAUAGAGGCAUUAAAUCUCUUCCCACCAUGCGGGACUCUGACAAGAAGGAACGGAUUAUUACUCCACAUCCUGACCGCGACCUCAAAGCUGAACAUAUGGACAUAGACCAUGAAAGAUCUUUGAUGAAAGAAAGUAAAGAAGAAAUUAGACGCAUUGACAAAAUGACUGAUUACAUGGAUGACAGAGACAGGAGAGGUUAUGGAAUAGAUAACAGAGGUCUUGAACACGAUAGCCAGAAAGAGCAGUUCCUCCACAGUAAAAAGAAGCUGACACUUAAGGAUGAUGAUUCUCCUGAGAUUUCAAAUCAGGCUAGAGAAGGAGACAAGUUUUGUGGAGCCAUUGCCACUUCAUCUACUUAUGAUGAUAAAGGUCAUAUCCAUGAACUUGCUUUUGUUGAUAGAGUGAAGGCAAAGCUUAAUACCUCUGACUACCAAGAGUUCUUACGAUGUCUUAAUCUCUUUUCAAAGGAGAUAAUCAGCCAACCAGAGUUGCAGUCUUUGGUGGGCGAUUUAAUUGGAGGAUAUCCAGACCUUAUGGAUGCCUUCAGAGUCUUUUUGGUUCAGUGUGAAAAGAACGAAGGAUUACUCUCUGGUAUCGUAACUAAGAAGUCCUUGUGGAGUGAUGGCAAAUGUCCUCAACCUACGAAGUCACAGGACAAAGAUACUGACCGAGAACGUGAGAAGCUUGAAAGGUUUAGAGAAAGAGACCGUGAGAAGGAGAGGCUUGAAAAGGCGGCAGCGAGCCAGAAAUGGGCUAAACCUAUCAGUGAACUGGAUCUUUCAAACUGUGAACAAUGCACUCCUAGUUAUCGGUUACUUCCAAAGAAUUACCCAAUUCCUAUUGCAAGCCAAAAAAUGGAGAUUGGUAGCCAGGUGCUUAAUGACCAUUGGGUCUCCGUCACUUCAGGAAGUGAAGACUAUUCAUUUAAACACAUGCGCAAGAACCAGUACGAAGAGAGCCUCUUCCGAUGUGAAGAUGACAGGUUCGAGCUAGACAUGCUAUUAGAGUCUGUGAACUCGGCUACGAAUCGAGUGGAAGAGUUAUUGGCAAAGAUUAACAGUAAUGAACUGAAAACAGAUACUCCCAUAUGUAUCGAGGAUCACCUCACAGCUCUAAACCUAAGAUGCAUAGAACGGUUAUAUGGAGACCACGGGCUCGAUGUGAUGGAUUUGUUAAAGAAGAAUGCCUAUCUUGCUUUACCUGUAAUACUGACCCGUUUGAAACAGAAGCAAGAGGAGUGGGCAAGGUGUCGCUCUGAUUUUAACAAAGUCUGGGCUGACAUAUAUACCAAGAACUACCACAGAUCACUUGACCAUCGCAGUUUUUAUUUCAAACAGCAGGACUCAAAGAAUCUGAGCACGAAAGCGUUGCUUGCAGAGAUAAAAGAGAUUGCUGAGAAGAAGCGUGCAGAAGAUGAUGCACUUCUUGCUCUUGCGGCUGGAAAUAGACGUACUAUUUGCUCCAACAUGAGUUUUGAUUAUCCAGAUCCUGAUCUUCACGAAGAUCUGUAUCAGCUGAUCAAGUAUUCAUGUGGAGAAAUGUGUUCAACCGAGCAGUUAGAUAAGGUAAUGAAGGUAUGGACAGAAUUUCUGGAACCAAUGUUUGGUGUUCCUUGUCGCCCUCAAGGUGCUGAAGACCGAGAAGAUGCUGUCAAGUCUACGAAUCAGAAUCUAAAAAGUGGUAGCCCAAGCGAGGGCAGUCCUCAAAAUGGAGCUAGUGUUGCCAACUCAGUCCGGUCAAAUGGCCCUCGAAAAGCCAGUGAAAGUAAUCAAUUGCGGCAAGCUAGUGAUUUGGAUAGAGAUGUCACUGCGAGUAAGACCUCAGAUGCCUUAUUAUCAUGUGACAACACUCAGAAUGAUAAAAUGCCGAAGAAUCUAACCACACAUGACGAAAAGCUCGAAACCAAACAAGCUGUUUCUUCUAUUGAACGUAUGCAUAGCUCAAAUGCACCGCCUGUGGAUGGAUUGCUACCUCAAAGGAAUGGAAAAACCAGCAUUUUAUCCAUUGCCGGGCUUAGCAAUAGUAAUCCAAAACCUAGUGCUGUAACCAAUGGAACAGAGAUGGAGUUGAAGCCAAACCACGUAAACGGGCCACGCUUAGAGGUAUUUUCAAAUGGGACAUUGGCCGAGAUAUCAAGUACUCAGACCAAAGUCGAAAGAGAGGAGGGUGAGCUUUCUCCAACAGGGGAUUUUGGGGAAGAUAAUUUUGCAGUUCAUGCAGAGAAUGACGUGGAGGCUCUCAGCAAAGGUAAAGAGAUUGCUGGAAACAACUUAAACCAGAGGAGUAGUGGAGAGAAUGAUGCUAAUGGCAAUGAAGAAGAAGGGGAUGAAAGUGCCCCAAGAUCAUCAGAUGGAAGCGGAAACACAUCCCAGAAUGGUGAUGUUUCUGGAACUGAGUCUGGUGAUGGUGAAGAUUGUUACCCUGAAGAUGAUAUGGAACAUAAUAACAAGGCAGAAAGCGAAGGUGAGGCAGAAGAAGGCAUGUCUGAUGCUCAUGAUGAUGCUGCAGGAGAUAAGGCUGUGUUGCCCAUUUCAGUGAGAAACAUGCUACAUGUGAAGCCUCUGGCAAAGUAUGUCCCUCCAGCUUUGCGCGAUAAGGACAAAGAUGAAUCUCAGAAGAGCUCUCGAGUGUUUUAUGGGAAUGAUUCGUUUUACGUUCUUUUCAGGCUUCAUCAGAUUCUGUAUGACAGAAUAUUAUCAGCAAAAAUCAAUUCAUCGUCUCCAGAGAGAAAGUGGAAGACCUCAAAUUCAACAAACCCUGCGGAUUCAUACGCCAGAUUCAUGAAUGCUCUCUACAACUUGCUUGAUGGCACAUCUGAUAAUUCAAAAUUUGAAGAUGAUUGCCGAGCAAUUAUUGGAACGCAGUCAUAUGUUCUCUUUACAUUGGACAAACUGAUCUAUAAGCUCAUCAAGCAUCUCCAAGGAGUAGCAGCUGAUGAGAUGGACAACAAACUACAACAGCUAUAUUCAUAUGAGAAAACCCGGAAGCCUGAAAAGUUUCUCGAUGCUGUUUAUUAUGAAAAUGCUCGUGUUCUUCUUCCUGAUGAAGAUAUAUACCGCAUCGAAUGUAAACUAUCUACACCAACCAAACUCUCUAUUCAGCUUCUGGACUACGGAUAUGAUAAGCCUGAUGUGACCUCCAUAUCCAUGGACCCAGCUUUUGCUGCUUACCUUCACAAUAACUUCCUUUCCUAUCAAUCCAAUGUGAAAGAAAAUCCUCGAAUCUAUUUAAAACGGAAUAAGCGUAAAAAUGGUGGUGACGAUGAACUGUGCAUCACGGAUCGAGUUAAGAUUAUUAACGGUUUGGAAUGCAAGAUCACAUGCAGUUCUUCAAAGGUCUCGUAUGUGUUAGACACAGAGGAUGUUUUGCAUCGUGCUAAGAGGAGGAAAGUUUUGAACCAAAGCGGCUCAGCUCUCAGACAGGACCCUGUUUCCAGUGGUUCUUUAAUUAACCAAAGGAGGAUACAAAGAUACCAAAAACUUCUCACCGGCCAAUGACAUUUCGCAGUUACCACCAUCAGAAUUCAGAAGCUCGGGAAUAGAGCAACUUCACAUUCUUUUAGAGACACAAGGUUGCCAUUCUCUGGUUGUUUCGGCAUUGAGCUUUGUCAGGAGAGAAGAAAUUUAAGAUUGCUCUCACUUCUGUUGCUGGCUCUGGUCCCUGUUGAAAUAUCACAGAAAAUAAAGAGGGAAAGAGGGGAGAUUCGAAGGAAUAUACUGAAAGGACUAGCUGCCCAGGACUUCAAGUCUUUUUUCCAGAAUUGUGUAUAUAUGCUUUUGUAUGUUGUUGUAACAUUAACUCAAAAUUCCUCUUUUGUUUACUCCUAUUCUUUCCCAACAAUUAAUCACCUGAAUGGAAAUUUGUUCUGUAUCCCCAA